AUGCGCCGUGUGUUCCGUGUCGUGUUGGUGCUGGCACUGCUGUGCUGCUGCUCGUGCGUGUUUGCCGUGAAGGGAGGGAAGGAGCAAGAGCCGCAGGUGACGCAGGUGGAUGCGGAGUGUGCGGGUAAGGAUAAACUCGGGCGCUGGCAGCUCCCUGGGAAGUCAUUGUGGUACAACUGCACGGCUGCAGCUCGUGGUUUUGGGCAGAUGAUUUGCGGCAUGGGCGUCGGAAACUGUGCCUCCGAGGAUUUUAAGAAACGUAUAAAAGAUGGUGCGGAGCAUGGUGUCUUCACGAUCAACGUCUCCACGUUUACUCCAAGCGCCGUGAAGAGUUGGUGGGAGCGUAACGUGGAGCCGAAGGCGGUCACCGCUGCAAUUGUUCCGGCAAAACCUCCUGCAGCAGAACCUCCGAGCCCUCAAGAAGACAAGGAUUCUCGUGAAACAUCUUCUAGAACUGAUUCCGAUUCUUCUCCUGCUGUCGUUGAGAAUUCCACGGAUGUCCCUCCUUCUUCUCUACCUGCAACUCCAGGCGGCACAGGUGCUAACUCUGCUGCUGUCGCUGCGGCCACGACGGAUCCUUCUGCUGCGGCCUCGCAAGCGUCGGAAUCCGCUCCCUCUGGUGAUCCUCAAGGCCCUUCACAUUCUGCCUCUGCUGCCUCUCCCGCACCCGAAUCCCCACCAGAUCCGGAGCCCACAGAAGGCGGCGACCACUCCUCCCACGAACCUCCAGUGGAGCUGCAGGAAGAGACUGCUGCGCCACCGACUCAGUUGUCCCAGACCGGCGAGGACGGGAGUGCAGCGGGAGGCACCGAAGAGGACACCGCCGCCAACACCACCACCGACACUGCUUCUGGCGAAGGAAAUUCUGCGGCGGCAAGCAUGCCGGCUCCCCUUUCCUCUGCGCCCACAACGAACGCUCUGGAGAAAAGUGUGGGAACUGACGCCUGCUUCCAUGACACCCGUCUGCAUGCCCUGCCACCGCUUGUUCUGGCUGCGCUCACGUACGGGACACUGGGCUGA